AUCUCUCUCCGCUUUCACGCUCAACCCAGAUUCUAUAUCGUGGCGAUGCCAAGGAGUAUGGCAAGCACACUUUGGCGUGUCCAAGAUACUGUAUGAUGCCCGUAUGGAAAGACCCAGGAAGCGCAUUCGGCAAGCUUGCGAGCCAUGUCGCCGCAAGAAGGCAAAAUGUCUAGGCGAGCGACCAUCCUGCUCUCUCUGCAGAAGACUUGAUCAAGAAUGCACAUAUGCACCACACCGAGGCCGAGCAGAUCUUCCACCACGACCAAGUGCCAUUUCAACACCAUCUCGGCCUACCCUUGUCCAACGUGAUGAUGAAACCCUAGUGACAGAGGAAAGACUUGACGACCUCGAGCACCAAAUUGCGCAGAUGAGAAGUGCUUUGAGGCGUCCUGCUCCCCCAAGUCAAUCGUCGCCUUCCCUGUCCCCGACAGUGCCAGUUGAACAUGACUCCCCAUCAUUGCGAGCUCCUGGGCGUGCGUCUUCCAAUUAUCUACCUCCAUGGCAGACGACAAAUGCCAUUAUCGAACUCUACAUCAAAUACUGCAAUUGUCAACCACUCCCACUCUUCUCCCCCCAGCAUCUCAGGGACACCGUUUCCUCGAGAGACCCUGAAUUGUUGUUGGCAUUGAUAUCUCUUGCCGCGAGGUUCUCCUCUGACAGCGAAAUUGCUUCAUCCACCGCCAUCGUGGAAGAAUCGCAAAGGCUCGUUGCAACUCGAGUCUCCCAAGGACCUGUAGAACUUUCCACAAUUCAGACUCUUUGCAUUCUAAGCUUGAGAGAAUUCAAUCACGGCAACACUCCCAAGGCCAACGUUUACAGUUCUCUGGCAACCAGUCUAUCACAAGGCGCUGGUCUUUCUUCCAAGGCUGACACGGCCAUUCUCAGCGAUGUUGGUGAGGAACGUCGAAGGUGCUAUUGGAGUGUCGUGCUCCUUCAGCGCCUUUACGGCUAUCCUUCUGGGUCGUUCUUGUUUGUGAUCGAUGACAAGAUCCCCCAAUAUCCUCAGAGUGCUGCUCAGCCCUUUGGAACAAGCUCAGACAUCACCGACGCUGCCCUCGCCCAGUCAGAAGUUCAGGGCAAUCUUAUCGAGCUCUCCGACCUAGGCAUCACCUCUUAUGCCAUACAACUAAGCAAAGUCUGGCAACGAGCCGCACGUUAUGCUCACCGACGAUACGCGCCCUCGGCUUUACCUCCCUGGUCUGCACAGUCUGAAUAUUCCAAGAUCACGGCUCAGCUUAUGGAGCUCGAAACACGUCUACCAUACAAGUACCGUUUUCGGCCUUCUCGAUUUGCCGACCAGGAUUCGGAACAAUUAUGGAAUAAUCGUGCCUUUUGGGCUCCUUGGGUUUUUGUGCAGAUGAUCUAUCACUCGAUUGUCUGUUUGCUAAACCACCCAUUGCUCAUGGCUCUACGCCUUCGAAGUUUCAGAGUUACCAUGGUCCCCGAGAUAUUCCUACAGCACACCGCAGACAUGACGAUAACUCAUACUGACUGGAUUGUCUAUCUACUGGAUCUUUGUAACGACAAGCUGUUCACACUUUCCGAUCCAUUCUUGGCACAUUUUGUAGCCAUUGCCGCUACAAUCUUUCUGCAGCAAAGUUACACCGAUGAUGCAGUGGUCAAAAGUGCAAGACAGCAAAGCUUCUCAAAAUGUCUCACUUUCGUCCAAAAAAUCGGUACGAAGUGGCCCAACAUUCGUAAAUUAGCCGGGAAAAUGGAAGCAUUUGAACAGGAAGUGUCUACCUCGUUUCAUAACUCGGCGGCAGCAGGAACUCCAAAUUCGAGCAUCUUCAUCGAUCUGAAACUGUUCUGGGACAUCAUUGAAUCUUCAUUUGUCAGCGAGCUUCCUCGAGCUGCCGACUCGUAUUUUGGAACGUCCCUGAUACUUCAUCGGCACCAAGCCGAGUCUUCCGAGGUUCUCCGAAGUCAUCUGUUGCCCGAGCCCAUGCGUCUCAAUCAUGAAACAGUCACUCCUGCAACUGUUUAUACUGGUCAGACCCCGGUCAUGUCCAGAGCUAUGGAGAACAAUCCGUUCGAUUCCCAGCUGCAAUUCCCUGCCGCGGGCGGACUUCCAGAGGAUGGCCUGUCAAUCUUGGCACAAAGCUACUUUGCUCAAGGUCAAGAUUUCGUGGGUACCCUGGAUGACUGGUGGUUCUCUGUCCCUGGACCAGGAGUAACAUGA